AUGGCAAAAGUAGGUGGCAGAGGAACAGCGCAGCAGCAGCAGCAGCAGCUGACGACGAGGACGACGAUGAUUCUAGCGUGCCUGCGGCUGGCAGCGGCGGCGGCGGCGGCUGUGGCUGUGGCUGCUACGGCUAAUGACGAACGAUACACGGACGGACUACCACGCGACGACGGCCGCCGACGGACGACGCGACGCUUCUCCUCGUUCGUUACCCCGGCGCAUGAGUCACUGAGUCAUCAUCGAGUCGUAGUGACCGUUGCUGACCAGUCUGACGUCACACCGACUGACAAUCACUUGCAUCGUUCACAGCUGCAGAGUGAUCUCAUCUCAUCUCGUCCGAUCGCCCUGCGGCAGUUGCUGAACACGAUCGCCACCACGACGACCACUAUCGCCCCCACGAUGGUGAUGCCGAAGGUCGCCUUCGAUGCGGAAGACUUGCCACCACCGUCGUACUACUUGUCCAGGCAAAACCGGACAGGUACUGCUUCCUUCAACAACAACAACAACAAUAACAACAACAACAAGAACAACAACAACAUCCGUAAGACUCCACCCGCAGCAGCAGCGGUAGCGACAGCAACAGCAGCUACCGAUAGCUGCUCGUUUUCGGUGGCUACUUCCGCAGCAGAGACCAGUUCCUCCUUCCGCUCGUCCCCCAACUCUACCACUACCACCAGCAUUCUCAAAGAAACGUUUGCUGAAGUUGGAUCAAAGAUUAACAAAGAAGGCAAGAACUUGUUGCUUUUACUUUUCGCUUAUGUCUGCUUCAUUGCGUUGUGUAUCUCGACUAUAGACGACAGACGAAUUGUCCUCCUGACGACCAUCGAUCAACGGCAGAGUCACCUGAGUGUGAUCGAUGGGAGGGAUGGGGAGGAGGAAGUGGAGGAAUUCUGUCAAGAACUUGUACAGAAAUUGGUCCCAAAAUCCACGCAUAGCUCGUCAUGGGAGACUUCAAUGCCAAAGCCGGACGAAGAAGGACCAAUGAAACAUUUGUCGGCCGGUAUGGCCCCGUAA